AUGCGGCGACUGAAGACGGCAAUACGUAGGAUCUGUGUGCUCUGGCGAAUAUCCAGACGAUGGGUCAACUCUUUGACGGGCAGCCAGGUGGUGCUCAUCUCUGUGGUUAUUUUGAUAGCACAAAAUAUUGUUUACGGCAUAUUUCCAUGUCGCUUUCAAUUCAAGCGUAAAAAGUUCGUGUUUUGCUUGCCUCUGGCCGGUUAUGGCUUGACUGUGGCCACGUUGUUUGGCGCCUACUACGGACAUCACGUUUGGCAGGCGUACACUGAGAAGCAAAUCAAUUUGCGCGAUCCCAUCCAGAUUUAUAGCUACAUGUUUGCGUGCGCGGCUGUCUUCAACUAUGUGACGCAAUGGGCCAUGGUUCCGGACAUCUUACGCUUUCAGAAUAGUUUGGAUUUGUUUAAGACCAUGGAGUACUUCCGUCUCACGCUGGGUGUUAUGGCGCGUUCGACAGUUUUGGCUGGCGUCAAAAUGUUUGGCUGCCCGCUGGUGAUGCAGCUGACGCUGAUCAUAUACCAGAAGUACACGCAUCCGGAGCUUAGCUGGAUAAGAUCGAGUCACAUAAUGCUGCCCAUCUAUUUGGGCAAUCAGCUGAACAAUUGCUUCUUUGGCGGCAUCGUGGUGACCAGAUGUGUGCUCAUCGAGAUCAAUAAGCGUCUCCGUGAGAUUCUGCUGGAGGUGAACAGACUGCAGACUCCAUUGGAGCUGCUGCUGCACAAGCCCUACUAUCGCAUGCAACGCUUCUGUGACCUGGCCGAUCGACUGGAUGAGCUGACGAGCAAAUACGCUCUUUCCACUGCCUACUCUAUGGAGUACUUGGACCUGACUGCCUUCUCGCUGGUCACAUAUAUGGCCAUCUGUCUGACUAGCACUACACUGGGCAUCUACACGCAAUAUCAGGCCGUUGCCGAUUAUCUAAUGCUGGAUAUAUCAUACGAUAUAUAUCAAGCCUUGGCGCAUUUCGUAUUUCUCGUUAUUCCCAUGGCGGAUAUUUAUUUGCUGGCGCGAGUCUGUCAGCAGGUGAUAGAUGAGGCCAAUGAAACGGGUAACUUGCUGCAGCGCAUUAACUUGCAGCACUCAGAUGUUCGCUUCAAUCAAGUUGUUGAUGCAUUGUGGCUGGAAGUAAAGACAAUUAAAUACAAAUUGGAACCAAUGGGUCUGCUAGAGCUGGAUGGAUCGCUGAUCAAUAUGAUAUUCUCAACCGUCGCUGGAUUUCUAUUGUUUCUCAUACAAAACGAUCUGACGCAAAGAUUUUCGCUUAAAUAA